AUGCCAUCAAAGUGUACGACAAGACAGAAGGUCAACACCAAGGACGAAUGGCUUCUCACCCACCGAGUCGAUUUGCACAAUACUCUACGAAAACUGGCUACACAUGAGACGUAUGGAGAUAAUCUCAAGAUACACCUCUCGAGCCGUGUCAUGUCUGCUGAUGCGGAAGCCGGAGAGAUCGUCCUCGAGGAUGGAACCAAGCACAAGGCUGAUCUUCUCGUUGGAGCCGACGGUGUUCACUCCAAGGUCGUCACAGCCGUGACGCAGGAGGAAACGGUACGCAAGGGCACGAUGCAAAACACUUUCCGGUUCCUUGUCCCUAUCGAAAAGAUCAACUCGAACCCCCUUACCGGGCCCUUCUUUGCCAAACUCGGUCUCGAUUGCCAACACGUUUUCACUACCUACGAUCGCCGCCUCGUUGUAUACCCUUGUCGCUACGGCAAGCUGCUCAACAUUGUCGCCAUGCACCCAUCAGAGAAUGCUGGACUCGAGUCCGACUCUUCGUGGCUUGCGGGUGGCAAGUUGGAAGAUCUUCUCAAGACCUACAGCGAGUUUUCACCCGAAAUUGUUGAGAUGUGCAGUCUGGCAGAGGAUCUAAAGCUCUGGAGCUUGGCCACAAGAGAUCCACCAAAGAAGUUCUACCGCGGAAAGACUGUUCUGAUCGGCGACGCUGCUCAUCCCAUGCUCCCUCAUCAAGGACAAGGAGGCGCGCAGUCCCUCGAAGAUGGAGCAGCCCUCGGAGCCCUCUUGCCGGCCGACACGACUGUAGACCAGAUCCCACAAAGACUGGAGCUCUACAAUAAGGUUCGCUAUGGAAGAGCCGUCACGGUCAUGCUCAUGUCGAGGAUCAAUGAUGAGAGGCGAGGCGAGAUGAUGGACGAAUUGCGAUCAUACGUACCUGAUGCUGUUCUGCCAAACGACAUGUUUGAGUAUACUUGGAGUUCCCAUGUUGUCAAGGAUGCUCAAGAGGCGCUGCGUGCGGCUGGCAAAGAUUGA